AUGGGUUGUAAGGCUGGCUUAGCAAAAACGUGCUCCGACGUUGCAAGCGUGCUAUUUUACAUCGAAGCAUGGACAAGAUUCAGUGGAAAAUUGGCCUGCACGCAAGUCAAAUGCACAUGGCUUUUACCUUCGUACGUGAACGAAGUUACUUACGCCAGAGCUCGAGACAACAAUUUUAAAUCAUCGAAAAAAUUACAAGAAGAGAUGGACCUCAAAGUAGAUGCUUGCGAGGGUGAGAAUCAGUCCCAACCAUCAGCUCCAGCAAGAAUUAUUAAAAAAUCAAACGUGUCAGUAAGACCACUUGAUGAGGAUGAAAUGCUCAAUUAA